UCCACUCCUACAUUUCCCCGGCCACAUAAUGGACCCUCGGCUUCAACUCGCAAUAGCAAAUGAUGAUGUUGCUGAGCUACACAGCUUACUCGUGGAGGAGCCAAAACUCCUAGAUCGUCUAUCUAAGGACCCCUUCCCAAACACUCCGCUACACGUCGCCGCGGCGGCUGGGAAAACCCACCUGGCCAUGGAGAUGGCCAUCUUGAAGCCGUCCUUUGCUCGGAAGCUCGAUCCAAAUGGUUACAGCCCCAUGCACUUGGCUCUGCAGCACAAGUAUUAUCGCACCGUAAGGGCACUGAUGACCCUCGACCCCAAGUUGAUCCGAGUCCGAGGACAAGGCGGACUCACCCCUCUGCAUUUUGUCGCCGGCAAAGAAGGAGAUAAUGAGAUGGAGAUCCUGGCCGAGUUCUUAUCCUCUUGUGGAUCCUCCAUCGAAGACUUGACGAGCCGCUGCGAGACUGCGGUUCACGUUGCCGUCAAGAGCCACAGCCUCAAAGCGUUCAAGGUUUUGUUUGGAUGGCUCAAGCGACUCCAUCUGACAAAAAUAUUGGAUUGGAAAGACGAAAAUGGUAACAACGUCUUACAUAUUGCUGCGUUUGAAAAUCAGCCCGAGAUCAUCAGGCUGUUGAUUGGGCAUGUGAACAUAAACGAGAAGAACUUCGAGGAAAAGACGGCUCUGGAAAUCUUCAAAGCGAAUCCUUCAUUCAAUCAUAAUGUUGCAAAGAGGUUACAACGUCAAAUAUGUCUCGCAAGACCUUUUACUCCUACCCUCUCUCUAUCACAGUUUUUUAGCGCAGAACUAACUGCCGGCGAGAGGUCCGCGUACUUUUUUGGCUUCAGAGAUGAAUCCGCUCGCGACAUGAUUCUGUUAGUGUCUACCUUAAUUGCGACCGCCACCUACCAAGCGGCUCUCAGUCCUCCGGGAGGAUACUGGCAGGAGAACUCUUCAAAUCCCCCCGCCAAUGCCACUGUCGUUGCCACCAAUUCCAGCAGCAUUGCUAUUGAAAAGCCACAUGAAGCCGGGAACAUGAUCCUGAGCGGCUCAAGCCUGUAUGUGUUCACAGUCUUCAACGGCACGGCUUUCUUCUUCUCCAUCGGCACGAUCUGGGCCAUCGCUAUUGCACAAUUUCCCAAGACUUUCAUGGUUUACUUCUCCAUGUCCAUUCUGGGCCUUGCCUACUUCAUCUCCCAUCUCAUCGAAUUCCCGAAUUCGAACGAGGUCGCAAAACAGAUCCUGGAGGGAUUUUAUGGCUCCUUGCUGACCGCCGCGCUGUUUCUCCCCGUGUACGUGUGGGCAAUGCACGUCCGAGUUCUUAACCGAAUCGAUGCCACAAGGAGACACGUCCACGUCUUCCUAGGAUCGAAGGAUCGGAAAUAAUUCACAAGUUCUAUUCACUUUAAUUAUGUCUUGUCGCGAGCGCAUAUAAUCUAUGUUUCUAGUCUUGAGGUUUGCAAGAACUAGACUCGUUUCAUUGGUCGCAUG